AUGGCGUCGACGGCGACGCGUCGUCGCCGUUCGGGGACGUCGACGGCGUCUCGCCGCGCCGCAUCGACGCGACCGCGCGCGGCGUCCUCCUCGGACGACGCGAUCGCAGAUCGUCAUGUAUCGUCCUCCGCGCCCGUCCGACGCCGCGACGUCGCGGCCGCGCUCCUCGCGUCCUCCGUCGCGCUCUCGUCCGUGAUGACGUCCCCCUCCUCCUCCUCCGCGGCGACGAUGCCGGACAGUGAGCCGACCGGUCUCGACGCCAACGGCCGCCUGCGGCGAUGCCCUUCCAACUUCAACUGCGUCUCGACCUCAUCCAUCGGAGGCGCGCCGGAGCAGUACGGCACGGCGUGGACGGCGAAGACGGCGACGGUGGACGACGCCGUCGCACAGGUCGCCGCCGCGGUGUCUCGCGCGUGCGGAGACCAGGGCGCGAGGCGCGUGGAGAGCGUUCCGGUGGAGAACGGGCACUACCUGCGGUUCGAGAUGGACGGGAAGCUCGGGAAGGACAACGUCGAGUUCUUCAUCAAGAACGAAGGGAUCGGCGACCGGAACGGAUGGGAGGGCGACGCGGGCCGAGAGAAGGAAUUUCUCGUCUUGUACAGAUCGCUAGCGACGACGGUGAAGUACGUGUAUCCGUUCACGACGCCGGUGAGCGACUUCGGGGAGCAGAAGAAGCGCAUGGAGAGGAUCAGGGGCGAGGUGGGGUGGCGACGCGUCGGAUGCGAGCUCGAGGAGUGCGAGCUCGACCUGUGA